GGCUCGCCGAGGGUGAAAAGUGGGUCCUGCGAAACCGACCGAGAUUUGCAGCUUCCGGUGGACGUUCGGCAACGUUUGAAGAUGACCGACGUGCUGAGCAACGCGCACAACUCCGAAAAGGUUUCCGCGUUGGUGAAGGAAGCGGAAAAUCUCAAGUCCAAGUUGGAGGAAGAGCGCCAAAAGCUGAACGAUGUGGCUCUAUCGUCGGUGGCGGAGCGGUUGGAGAUGAUCAGCUACUUAAACAUCAAGCCCCGUCGUGUCCUCAAGGGCCACCAGGCCAAAGUGCUGUGUUCAGAUUGGUCGCCGGACAAGCGCCACAUCGUCUCCUCCUCACAGGAUGGCAAGCUGAUCAUUUGGGACGCGUUCACGACCAACAAGGAGCAUGCCGUAACCAUGCCAACAACCUGGGUCAUGGGGUGCUCCUACGCACCUUCCGGCAAUCUAGUAGCCUGCGGCGGUUUGGAUAACAAGGUCACCGUGUACCCGAUAACGUUGGAGGAGGACAUAUCGUCCCGGAAGAAGACGGUCGGGACACACACGAGCUACAUGUCCUGUUGCAUCUUCCCGAACUCGGAUCAACAAAUUUUAACCGGAAGCGGUGAUUCGACCUGCGCCUUGUGGGAUGUCGAAUCGGGGCAGUUAUUGCAGAGUUUCCACGGCCACACGGGCGACGUCAUGUCCAUCGAUCUCGCCCCGAACGAAACGGGCAAUACUUUCGUUUCCGGAAGCUGCGACAAGAUGGCAUUCAUCUGGGAUAUGCGUUCCGGUCACGUCGUCCAAUCGUUCGAGGGUCACCAAUCCGAUGUGAAUAGCGUCAAGUUCCAUCCCAGCGGUGAUGCAAUCAGCACCGGAUCGGACGACAGUACCUGCCGUCUCUUUGACAUGCGUGCGGACAAGGAGGUAGCCGUGUUCAGUAAGGAUAGCAUUAUUUUUGGGGUGAAUUCGGUCGACUUCUCCGUCAGCGGUCGUCUACUGUUUGCCGGAUACAAUGACUACACGGUCAACGUGUGGGAUACGCUCAAGGCACAGCGGGUUUGUCUGCUGUACGGACACGAAAAUAAAGUCUCCUGUCUUCAGGUAUCGCCCGAUGGUACGGCAUUGUCCACCGGUAGCUGGGAUUACACGCUCAGGAUUUGGGCCUAGGUGGAAUGGCUGCGAACUAUCGAGAUAUUUACAGUAUUAGUAGUUCAAAACGAGCAUUGUUGAAGCCGUUCGUUCUCGCUGGAGCGAAAAGCAUUUUUAGUCUACGUAAAAUUGUACCAUUACAAAGAAUAUUUCAUGUUAGCCAAAUAGUACGUUGUUCAAGGAAGCAAGCAUAGCAAAAGCGAACAAAACAAAAAUCUCAACGUAACUGCUCCACUCAUUCCUGGACGGAUUUCAUGUACUCGCUGUUGUAUCGUACGAUUUUUUAGCUUCCUACUAACCAUUGGUCAACCAGUAGUGGAACACCCACGUGUACUAGUAUUAAACAAGGCCUUGCCAUGGGCUUGGGCGUAAUAAACCAAAGGAUCGCAUAGAA